UUAGGUUGAUUGUGACAUCACAAUGUCAUCGUUGCUCAGUCGUGUGAAGCGCCAUCAUGAGGUUGCGUUUAAUUACAUGACGAGGGCGCUAGAGAUCGACGAGAAUGAAUCCAUCGUUGAUAAAAAGGAAGCUUUAAUGUUGUAUCUAUGUGGGGUGGGUGAAUUAGAGAAGGGGGUUAAUAUUCGGGGUGAGGGGGUUCCCGGAGAACGGGAGAAAAUUGAUCGACUUCAAACAAAAAUGUUGAAAAAUUUAACAAUGGCAAGAGAGCGAGUCAGCGUUUUAUCCAACAAGAAAGAUGAGUCAGCAAAAUCUACUCAAAGUUUGAAAGUAAAUUCAAGUAAAAGAAACCAUUCACCCACCACGAGGGGUAACUCUGGGUCAACGGCCAGGGUAACUCUGGGUCAACGCCCAGGGGUAACUCUGGGUCAACUCCCAGGGUAACUCUGGGUCAACUCCCAGGGGUAACUCUGGGUCAACUUCCAGGGGUAACUCUGGGUCAACACCCGGGGCAACUCUGGGUCAACAUCGGACAAACCAACCAAAAA